UGUCACACCUCUACUUCCAAGUAUCCUUCAGCAACCAGUGAGGACUCUCACUUACUGCAGCUUGCGGAAUGGGAAGAGGAAGAGUGUGAAAUCUGUUGUCAAGAGGUUCCUGCGGCUGCACAAUGGCCUCUGGGUUAGGAGACAGUCUGGUUAUAAGAAGAGGCUGUGGAAGAAGUCAGCUGCCCAAAGGAACCGUUUGAGGAACCUGGUGUUGUGCACCAGGACACAGUGUAAACUCCUUGAUAAGAUGACCACUUCCUUCUGGAAGAGAAGAACGUGGUACGUCGAUGACCCCUACCAGAAGUAUCACGAUCGCACCAAUCUCUGUGUAUAG